CAGCAAAUACCUUGUUGAAGGAUCAAAAGUUAUGAUAUAGCACAGAUUGCUUAAAGAGCACAGGGCUGUUGCUAUUGCUUCAGAGCUGCCUGGAGUAUUCUUCUUGUGCAGCACUCCCACUUUUCAGCAGGAAUGGCCCUGGUACCUCCUUCUCAUGCACAAGUCUCAGUGUUGCUGCUCCUGCUGCUGUCCGUGCUCAGCUUGGCUGCAGGUGGGAAGCUGCUGGUGGUGUUCGUGGAUGGGAGUCCCUGGUUCAGUGUGCUGGAAAUGUUAGAAAUUCUGAAGCAGAAAGGACAUGAAAUAGUCGUUGUUGCACCUGAAGCCAAUAUAAGCAUAAAGCCAUCAGAGAAUGUUACUGUGAAAACCUACCCAGUUACCUUCCCACAGGAAGAGAUAGAUGAAAAUUUCCACACAUUUUUAAUGACUUCAUUUGAAGAAGGAUCAUUACUGGAAAGAUUUUUUAGACUACGUGAAUAUGUGAAAAAAGGUUUUGAUUUAGGUUUCAUAUCCUGUGAACAGUUACUGUACAACAAAGAACUUAUCAGAUAUCUUGAGGAGAGUAACUUUGAUGCUCUCUUAACGGACCCUAUAUUAUCUUGCGGAGCUAUACUAUCUGAGCAUCUUUCCAUCCCUUCUGUGUAUUUCAUGAGGUUAAUACCAUGUGGAUUAGAUUUUGAGGCCACUCAGUGUCCCAAUCCCCCUUCUUAUAUUCCCAGGCUAUUUACAGACCAUACAGAUCACAUGAACUUCCUCCAGCGUGUGAAGAACGUCAUCUUUGACACCUCCAACUUUUUUCUUUGUGACUUUAUUUUUAAACCAUUUGAAAAACUGGCUUCUGAGUUCCUUCAGCGAGAUGUGACCAUGCUAGAUCUCUUUCAUAGGGCUUCUGUAUGGCUUCUGAGAUAUGACUUUGUGCUAGAUUAUCCAAGACCAUUGAUGCCCAACAUGAUUGUAGUUGGAGGAGUAAACUGUGCUCACAAGCAACUACCUCAGGUGGGUUGUGCUCUGUUUUUAAUUCUUAUUCUGAUAGACUUCUGUACUCCUAAAAAUGUAAUAUUGUAUAUCAGAUAGUUAUUUAGUUCUCAAUGGAAGUGAGAUGUGCAACUCUUAGUGAAAACAAUGGUAUUUCUGUCAUUUCUUCCUCACUUUCUGCUUCUUCUGUGUAGGCAGUUCCAUCUUUUCAUUUACAAAUAUGGUGAACUGAGAGGCAGUAAGUGGCUUCUGACUUGUUUCUUCUUCCUGUACAAGAAGGCUUUCUCCCCCUUCGCUGAGAAGAGAUGACUUCCCCUCUGUGUAUGCCACUGGAGUGACACUCUGCACUGAAAGCUUCAACUGGCAUUAGAAAGAAAAGCUGUCUUAAGUCAAUUUAACUGUGACAUGAACACUGGAUUUGUUACAGAUUACUU